AUGCAGUCGGAUCAAGAACUAAUCAUAAUGUGUAAGCCUCCUGAGCCAACUAUCAUCGAAAAUAAGGCAGCUGGAUUCGCAGGUAGCUUUCCACACGGAGCUCGAGUGUCGGGCGUUGUGGAAGAGACUCCUGGACGUCUGGAGUAUGAAGUGGCCUUAUAUAAGGAAGCUCCACCAGUAAACAGGCAUACGAAUCACUCCGUAGAUUUACCGGUCGACCAGGUAACUGCUGCUGUGCCGAUCGGUACGAAAUUGCAACUACGCGCACGCAUCAAUCCAGAAUCCGCAUGGAGGCAUAUCAAACUACUAGAAGUGGCGGUCUCUCCAGAUCCAGACCGACCACACGCUCCUGGUUCAGUGCUGCUCGUCAAGGAUGGAAACCGAGAAUACGCCACGAUAAUUCCCCAUCAACCAGCUCGUUACCGUGAACGACAUAACGAGGUCUUCCUGGACUUUGAAGCCUUCCUCUUGGCCUCCAUGAAGGAACGAUCUACGCUCUGGAUACAUUCGCAGAUUAAAGCUUGCAUGGACGCCGCUGACUGCCAACCUGACUACUGCCUUGACUUAUAUGAACCUUCUGGUCAUGGGCGUAAACGACGGUCCCUGUUCGACGCAAAUAUACCACAGAACGUGACAAGCGCAGCACUAGUGUCAGAAUCUGAAAACAACACGACUCCUUACACGAGAUUCAAAGAGAACUUGGAGUAUACAGUUGUGAUGCCAGGAGAGCUCUUCCACAGGACGCCACUUGAAAACACGUGUGCAACUUCCAUGAUGGUAGCAGUAGCGCUUGGAUCUUUGCUAUUCAUGUCUGCUUUAUUGAUGUGCUAUUUAGCAACGAAAUUGAACUCAACGAUGCUCAAGAACAACAGUCUUCAAACACCAUCAGGUAAAGGAUUUGAGCAGAUUCUUCGAGAGCUAGCUCAUCAUUCACUGCCUGAUUCAGGGUACGCUGGUCGCCCAACAGUCCAAUAA